AUGCUCACCUUAUCGAGGUCAUCGUUAUCGUUUGUACUCGCAAGGCGCUUCAGAAAUGCACCAAAGGCUCGAUAUACGAUCAACGUGGCGUCCAGGCUAAAGGCGACCCCGGAGGAACCUGUCAAGCGCAACGUUCCGGAGCAUGCUGUCAUCUCGACUUUUGACCUCUUCAGUAUCGGAGUUGGCCCUUCGUCCUCCCACACCGUGGGGCCUAUGCGAGCUGGCAAGAUAUUCAUAGCGGAUCUUCAGGAAUUGAAUCUUUUAGAGAAAGUCAAAACGGUCAAGAUUAAUUUAUACGGCUCCCUUGCUGCAACUGGUAAAGGACAUCAUACCCCUCAAGCUAUCCUACUCGGAUUAGAAGGCUCCGACCCAGAAACCAUCGACACCGGAACUAUCCCGUCCCGCUACGAAACCAUCCUUCGGAACAAAACACUCCUUCUCGGCGGCCAUCACCGUAUCACGUACGACAUGGAUCGCGAUAUGCUCUGGCGCUGGGACCAGGUCCUCAAGACCCACCCCAAUGGCAUGCGUUUUAGCUGUUUUGGGGAGGACGGCGAUUUGCUUGCGACUAAUGAGUACUUUAGCGUUGGAGGAGGGUUUGUAGUCAAUGAGAAGACGAAAGUGGACGAAAAUUUGUUCUAUAAAGGAGUUGAUAAGAAGAUGGUUCAUGGUGCCAGGUUGCAUCAGAGCCACUCUGUAGCUGAACCUGCUUAUCUCCCUCUUUCGCUUGGAGAAGAGCCUUUUGAUAAGGAAGACAACGCGGAUCUAGACAAGGUCGAGGAAAACGAGGGUCAGCCUCCAUAUCCGUUUGAUACCGGCAAUACCCUCUUGGCGUUGACGAAGAAACAUAAUAUGACAAUUGCUCAGAUCGUACAUGACAACGAGAAAUACUUUGGAUAUACAGACGAGGACAUCUAUAACAAGCUCAUGCGCAUCUGGCAAGUCAUGGAUGAAUGCAUACGUACAGGCGUAACUACCAACGAAAGGACACUACCAGGUCGCUUGGGCCUGAGGAGACGUGCUCCGAUGCUUUACAGGCGGCUGAUGCGCGGAUUUUACCCUGGCAUAUCAUCUUCCGACCUCCCCGCUAUCGAGUCUGGAUGGACACCAGGGGCUAUUGCCUCUCCAGAAGCCGACUCUGAAGAGAGUGAGGGUAACGUUGAUAAAGCCUCUUCACUACCGCCAGCUAGUCGGGCAACGAGAGUCAUAGGGUCUUUCGACCACGCGAUUUUACCAAUGCCACCCAGGAAAACAGUGAUACCCGCCAUGGACUUUCUCUCCUGCUACGCCAUUGCUGUUAAUGAGGUCAACGCAGCUGGCGGACGUAUAGUGACGUCUCCGACGAAUGGGGCUGCGGGGGUGAUACCUGCUGUGUUGAAGUAUAUCCUAGAGUUCGUGAGCGAUGAUCAAGAGAAGAAUAUUGAGACGUUCCUUUUGACCGCUGCGGCGGUUGGCAUGCUGUUUAAACGGGGUAGUACGAUCUCUGCUGCGGAAGGUGGAUGUCAGGCUGAGGUUGGAGUUGCUUGUUCCAUGGCCAGCGCGGGUUUCGCUGCUUGUAUGGGAGCGUCGCCGGAGACUGUUCUUCAGGCUGCGGAAAUUGGAAUAGAACAUAACUUGGGGUUGACAUGCGACCCCAUUGAUGGACUUGUCCAGGUUCCAUGUAUUGAGAGAAAUAGUCUUGGAGCCGUGAAAGCCGUUACAGCUGCACAGCUGUCCAUGGCGAGCCACGGGGUGUAUAGUGUCACUCUUGACGAGGCUAUCGAAGCGAUGCGGCUGACUGCUGCGGAUAUGAGCGUUAAGUAUAAGGAGACGAGCCUCUCGGGAUUGGCGACGACUGUGAAAAUACCUUUGACUGUGCCUGCUUGUUGA